CAAAUAGAUGCUAAUAUUUUUCUAACAAUAGUUUGAUACUUUUAGGAACUGCAACCUCAAUAUGGUCAUCAAUUAUAUGUAAUUCCAAUAUAUAUUCGACAGCCUCUUGCUUGAUUAAAGACUCCAACUGCAAGCUAGAAAUACCAAUACAGGUCUGAACCUUGGGCAGCACCGGUACCCCUGUAACUGAAUCUUUCGAUGGAUGGUCAUGUUCAAAUUCCAACCACUUAGCAGCCCAUGCGCUAAGUUCCAUGCGCAUUUGACGCUUCCUGCCUUAGACGCUGCUGAAGCUCCAUGCGCUUCCUGCCUCUUCGUCAGCCUUGCUGGUUACACAGAAGACGCAUUUGGCUUGUUGGUGCUGCUCCUCGUGCGAGAGAAGGAGCCAGUAGUGCCACCACUGUCCAGCAGCUUGAGGACUUCAAGGUCGGUGGCUAGUGCAGCCCCCGCCCAAAGCUUAGCUGACUUCUGCAAGGAUUCCUCCUUUUCAGCUGCACAUGGUUCGACAUGCCCCGUGCCUACUAUCACUCUCGAUUUGAAGAAGAGUCUCAAGAUUCUGCAAGUGUUGUGUUACUCCUAAUUCAGUUACCUUACUGGCAAUAGGAUGCCAUUGCAACUUUUGAAAGUGCAACCAUCUGAUUGAAGCGGAUUUAAUUAUACAAGAUAGAUCUAGAAUUGCUUUACUUGAGAUUCAAGCAAUGUUGGAUGCUUUUGUGACUGAUCAUCUCUAGAGCUUUUGUAAAUGAUCUAGCUAGCU